AUGUCAACGACCAAGAAAGUCAAAUCUAAGUAUGACGCUUUGGGCGAUGCACCCGGGAUCCCAAAGAUCUUGGAGACACUCGGCUACGAUAAAGAUAUUGACAAGGCAAAGUUGGUCGAGAGCAUAUGGCCGUUUCUAGAUACCAUACUCGACCUCACAAGAUGGUCUAACCUGAGUGACAUAGCAGGUCGGAAUAAAAAAGCAGAGGAGUUUUUAGAUUCCGAGGGUGCCUCCUUCUGGCCGACUACACAUUCAUCUAGAAACCUUAAGUACCCAAAGGACCGCGAGACGAUCAAACAGUUCAUUGUUGUACUAUUCUAUCGAAUGCUCAACGGGGAGUCAUUAUGUUAUCCAAUGACUCGCCAAAACUCAAUAGCACAAUGCUCCAUGCGCUCCACCCAGCUAGUUGAAGAAAACAAUCAGGGACACAGCAGUCAUGCAACUGAGGAGCAGGAUCUUCGCAACCGCUUCUCGUUGGGAAAUUCUCACGAUGUGGCCACUGGAGACGGUGCCUCACGUGCAUCCCAAGCGUCCUUGGCGUUUUCAGGUCAGGGUGGCAAUGACUCUGUUCCGGACUCGGGGCAGACAUCAAUAAAUGGCGGAGACACGCGAGAAUCGCAUUCUUCUUACCAGGCCCGAAGGUCUCGGAAACGCCCUCCCUCAGAUCAAGACGCAGAAAGCCAUUUGACAAAAAGAACGCAGUUGCGCAGUCAACAACGCGAUGAGUCGCAUCACCUCGAGCUAGUGAACUUAGAUGCUUCAGCGCCGACCUCCCGCCAACCGAUUCAUUAUCCUUCCCCCGUCCCCCUGUCGUAUUCCACAGGAACCACAGGGCUCAUGCCAGUCACAGAUGCGCAAAGAGAUGUAUUACUUCUCCGUGAGACGCCUCCGGCCGCGCAGUACCAAAAUCUCACCUGUGGUGUUGGAGACCAACUCACUCUGUCAACAGCCACCAACAGCUUCCCAUCUACACAGAACAGAGGUGAAUACCAUUUUCUUACUUCUAAUAAAGGCCAAUAG